AGGGCUUUUGCAUGUCAGUACAGUUUAGUUGUCGCAAAAAGCGCACAACAGUAUCCUACAAUCAACGGAAGUAAUUGACACAACACUAACCACUGGCAUAUCUUCAAUAAUGGCACCACCAAAUAUACGUCCGUUACCAGAACACCUACAAGAGGUGGCUAUCAAAGAGUUGAAUGAGAGGCCUGAGCGGUUGGCAGAAGAUCUGGAGGCCUUAAAGGAUUGGGCCAUAAAGGAGCCACAUUUAAAUGUGCGACUCGAUGAUCAAUUGCUGGUGGCAUUUCUACGCGGCUGCAAAUUCAGUUUAGAGAAGGCAAAGUCGAAAUUGGAUUGGUUCUAUACAUUAAAAACUAAAUAUCCGGAAUACUAUACAAUACAAAAUCCAGAUGUGCCGCAUUUACAAGAUCUUGUAAAAUAUGGUGCGGGAUUAAUAUUGCCCAUACCACUAAAUGAGACUGGACCACGCAUUGUAUUCGGCCGUUUUGGUAUUUAUCCAGUUGACAAAUAUAAACUCAAAGAUAUAACGCCCAUAACGUAUGCACAACAGGAGCUAGUUAUGCGCGGUGAUGACACUAUAGUGGUGAAUGGUUUUAUUAAUCUGAUAGACGUUGCCCAACUAGACGCUGCACAUUUUGUACAAUAUACACCGCCUAUUGUAAAGAGCGUCAUAGAUUUUGCCGAGAAAGCCUUACCAUUGCGUCAAAGCUCAGCACAUUUCUUUAAUGUACCAGCGGGUUUCGAGAAACCCUACAAUAUGAUAAAGCCGAUGAUUUCAUCCAAACAGAGGGAACGCGUUUUUCUGCAUAGCAACAAUUUGGAGACACUCUAUGCUCAUAUACCACAAAAAUAUAUGCCCAAACAAUAUGGUGGUGAAAAUGGUUGUCUUGUUGAACUAGAGAAGUCUACAUUCCAACAAUUUCUUGAUCACCGUGAUUAUUUCAAAGAGGAUCUCAAGUAUCGAAAUAAUGAGCAUCUACGUCUUGGCAAGCAACCGGAUUAUGAAAGUUUAUUUGGAAUGGAAGGUUCAUUUCGUAAAAUAGAUUUGGACUAGUCUUUUACUAAGCAAAUAAGGAUUACCCUUCAGUCUCUUAAAGCUAGGAAAUCAUAAAAAACCUUAAUAAAAGUAAAAUAUUUUUAUUUUAAUUUUGGAAA